AUGGCGCUCCCCUUGCACGACGGCUCGCUCGUCGGCGACGGCAGCCAGAUCGGCAUGUUCCCCGUCCUCGCAGAUCAGCAUCUCGAAAAGCAGGCGCGUCUCCUCCGCUCCGCCGCCAACCCGCGCAUGGACCUCGUCCUGCUCGUCCUCAAGGACGCCGUCGCAGCCUCGGCAUCCGCCACGCCAGCUCCACCCCCGGGCAUGUCCGCCGCCCAGUUCGCUCUCGUGCAGCGCAUGCUCGCUGCUCGUCAACGCGGCGCCAACGCAGCCUCGGCACAAGGCGGUGGCGCGAUGGAACCCAAGCGCGGUCCCCAAAUCAACCUCGUCCUCUGGCGCAUGGGAGACGACAGCACCAUCGUUUGGUCCUCUCCACUCUCCCUCGAAAAGCUCAUGGACCCAUCCCCCGCCUCGCCGCUUCAGGAACACGAGGACCUCCUCCUCCACGAUAUCGUCUGGAGCCCAACCGGAGACCGCCUCGCCCUGCUGGCCACUCUCACCAGGUCGCCCCUCGCAUCCUCCUCCACAGCCAAGCCACGCACGUCCACCUUCCUGCGCACAUACUCGGUCCAAGAUGGUACGCUGCUCUCCACCGUCCAACUUCACCUUGCGCAUGCAUCCAGCGCGCCAAUGUCCAUACAGUGGCUCGACGCGGAGUUCGCCGCCGACGGCGAUGCGGUCGAUGGCAGCGCAGAAGCCCUGCUCGCAAAGCUACCCCCACUGCCACAGCUUCCACCCGCAGACACGUUUGCAUCCACCAGCGCAACGGGCAACCUCAUGCCGCACCAACUCAGGAUGAUGCAGAUGGCAGGCAAGAAACCACCGCCCAGCUUUCAGUACCCGUCCCAGCUCGCCUUGCAAGGAAGAGGGCCUCUUUCCGCCAUCCCCGCCCUGGCAAGGUCCAACGCAGACCUCGGACUGCUCGACGGAGCAGACGGAAGCCUCGCUCUCAAUCCACAGAGCGCGCUGCCGUUGACGCCGCAGACUGUCGUCGUUGUCGCGCAGCCCGCGGCCGACAAUGUGCACCUCGUCUUGGACGGCCAAGUGUGCAUCGGCUCCGUCCCUCUCGCUUCACCGAGCGACCAACAGCCCCAGUCGCAGCUCGUCUCGCUCUCUCGUGACAUGAGCCGUCUGGAAGUGCUCUCCACCAGCUUCCGCGCAGCCUUGACCCACGUCCAGAUCAGUCUGCCUCUCCGCGCCACAACACGCUACGCACCCUCGUGCACCCGACGCCGCAUCGCUGCAGUGAGCCGUGCAAGCCACCUCGCGCGCUUCUACCUCGGCUACGCACUCGACACCGCCUCGGCGCUCCAGCAGCUCUACCAAAAGGAGUACGUGCAAAAGGUGACGAGCGAGUGGGCCAAGAACAUCGACGACAUCAGCUCCAAAUUCGGCGGCGACAUGAAGUACGAGCUGAUCAACGUCCUGCUAACGGGUCGUGCCGGUCCCGCUGCGGAGCAGUUCCUGCUGGGCAACUUGACCGAGGGCGUGCUCACGCGGCUCGAGCAGCACACGCAUGCCGCCAUGUAUGCGCUCAAGAAACACGUCGCCGACAGCCUGCGUCCGUCGCUGGAGCGUGCCAUCAUCUGCAUAGACGGUCUGAGAGCAUACACGCGCUUCUUUGAUCGACCUGAUGGCGAGACCGAGCAGACGCUAGCAAAGGUGCUGGAAAUGCUGCAGCGUGUGCUGGCGGCGGCACUGCAGCUGGCGGAUGAAUUAGAUCAAGAGGCGCUCGUAUCGCAAGAGUUCUAUAGGUGGUGCAGGACCGAGCGCGACAGGCAGGAACGCAUCAAGCAGGAUCAGGACGAACCAAGACUGCCCAUCGUCUACGACGUUCACUACGUCGCAAAGUACAUCGACCGCGGAUUCGAGAAUGACGCGAUUGCACAGACGCUUGGUAACAAUGUCGCGCAGGAUGCAACGAGGCCCGUCGAGCACGAGCUCCAUGCACCAAGCUUGGCCGAGGCACUCGAACAGGCCAAAUUGUUCCUCUCCGAUCCUCACACUGCCAGCAUUGAAUCAGAGUCGAACACAUCAGGAGAAGUCCAGACGGUGGCUAUCGUACCAAUGCUCACGACGGCCAUCACGAUGCUGGGCGAACAAAUGGCUCAGCUGCUCGAUGCCGACUUGCAAAAGCCGCUGCUGCACUCGAACUCGAACAGCGUGGCCAGUCAAGCUUCCGCGCUGGUCAUGGAGGAUGUACCUGCAACAUCUUUCGCCUCCAUCGUCGAGCAGCAGCCGGAACGCAUACGCACGGCAUCGUUCUUAUCGACCGAAACGAUGCUUGCCGCCUUCAUUGUUCGCUGCGAUGACACAUCCUCGAUCUUUGUCGUCCGGCGUGACCUGAGUGCAGACGCCGGCAUCCUCACGGCGCACUUUUCCAUUGCCCAGCUCCCCGGCCAAGGCAGUGUGGACAUUGUCGAUGUCGGAUUCUACGGCGACACAGACCUGCUCGUGCUGGCCAGUCUCGAGGCGACCAGCGUCUUGCUAGCCUUUGCACUGCCGCACCUUCCCUUCUCCGCGCAGGCAUCCGAGAUGCAGCAGAUUGCGCCAACGCGGGCGACAGAGUUUGAGCCCGGAUUCAGGGCGAGCUCGAUCGCAGUCAACACGAACAAACAAACCGUGGCUCUCUCAGCUCAGGAUGGCACCAGGAUUGUGUACCUCGAUAUGGCCACCGUCGAGCCUUACGACACUCGCAUGCACGAGCAACAAUGA